AUGGCCGCAUUAGCCGAGGUUCCUUGGCUGGAUGAUGAUAUGACACCACCACCCCCAGAUAACAAUGACAAGGAGGUUACUAUUCCUUGGGGUGGCUGGGUGCACAAGAAGCCCCCGGCUAGACGCCGUUCUCGGGCUAGGGCAGCUAGACCUUCACCCGCCACAGCAGCAGCUCCAUCCUCUUCUACAACCCCUUCUUCAGCCGCAGCCUAUCUACCACCACCACCAGCACCUAAGCCGACAUACCUACUGGGUAUUGAGCUACCUCCGCUCCCAGACCCUCCAGCCUCCGAUGAGCAGGAUCAUCCGGAGGAGGAUGCUGAGGAGCCGGCUCAGCAGGAUGUACCACCAGAGACACAUGUCACUAUAGAGCCCAAAGAGAUGCAGCAGCCAGUACCACAGCCUCAGCCAGAGCCAGAGCCUACUGGUGUACCUAUCCCUGAUCCUCAGGAUUAG